AGAAUGCGCAUGCGCAAAGCUUACAGUUGUCAAAUAGUGGUUUUGGGGAUGACAUGGAACUAACAAGUUGUCAUUGUAUUUGGCUUCAUCCCCAUCAUCACCUGGAUCUACCUGUCUGUUAACAGCACAGAGGAGCACGAUGCCACGUAAGAUAGGGUUUACUGUGAUCAGCUGGUCUGGUCAUGAGGAGAAUUACAGUGCCAGAGAGUUGAUGGUUCAUGCCCCUACUGUCAAUGGCUGGAGAUCUGCCAGGUUCUGUCCUUUCCCACAGGAGAUCACACUACAGAUGGUGGAGCGAUGUCGCAUCAGGAAGCUACAGCUGCUGGCUCAUCAGUACCUGAUCUCUGCCAAGGUGGAGUUCCACAUUGGGGACAGAGAACCAGUUUCUCCCAAUCGCCUUCAGCAGUUCCGCAGACUUGGGUACGUGUCACUGUCCUCUAAUGAAAAGACGGGUUUCAGAGCACGAGAAUUGAAGUCAGUUCAUGUAGAUGCCGUUGGGACAUAUCUGAAGCUUACCUUUCACAAAAACCAUGUCAAUCAGCACAACAUCUACAACCAGGUCGCAUUGGUGGCUAUAAAUAUAUUAGGCGACCCGGUGGACUGCAGUGAUAGCACCCCAAUACCAAGCAGAGAUCAGCUGAUUGAUCAGUACAUUAGUAGCACACAGCACAGCUCCUCGCUGGAUGGCUCUUAUUUAGGGUAUACACAUGAGUCUGUCUCGCCAUUGGAUGACUUAGCGUUUGAUAUGUAUCAGGAUCCUGAGGUUGCCCAUAUCAUUCGCCUCCUGGACAAUAAGAAACAAGAAAUGGUCCGAUUAGAGAGAUACCAUCUGGCGAAAAAGCUCAAACAGGCCAUAGCAGAUCUACAGAAGGUAGGGGAGUGUUUGGGCAGGUAUGAUGUGGAGAAACACAGUGCCAUAGAGAGGGAGGAUUAUGACACAGCCAAGCAGAAGAAAGAGCAGAUGGAGGCCUACAGACUCAGAGUCUACCAGCAACUGGAGCUACAUGACCUCCUCGAUAUGGGCCAGAUCCAGAGAAUGACAGAAACUGCGUCUGACUGUAGCUUUCCCUCUGAGAGUGUUCGUCCACGCCAACAUUCCAUGCCUCUCUCGGAAACAACAAAGAAGAGGAACCAGGAAAGGUUUUUAUUGGAGGACAUGCAAAUGACACCAAAACCAACAAGCCCUGAACGCACAAGUGCAACAAAACCACACACACCACCACCUCGCCUUCCAAAGAUUGACGUCAGCUCCUUGCCAUAUGAUGAGAGGCCUUUACCAGCCUUGAGGAAGAAAUCCGACAAUCAGACGCAACCUCAAGCCGAACAAACGCUUGCUCCACUGGACUCAGGUAGCCCAUGCAGUCCUGGAGUCACUGGAGAACCAGAGCCAUUGUCGGAGAAAGCCCAGAGAGAAGCUGCUUUGCCCAUAGAGGUCUAUGGAGAUAGUCUGGUGGCUGGAGCUUACUCAAAAACAUGGUCCUAUAGGGAAGGUUCUUUACUAGCAGUGUAUAAGAAACUAGCAGAGGUUUCACCAGGAGCCCCUAAAGCUGAUCUGAUGAACAUGAUGAGAGCAGCAGUGUUCCUCUGCAAGAAAGCACUUACAGAUAAAGUGUCAUCCGUAUUCCAGGCAUCAAUAAAGCUGCUGAGGAUGAUUCUGAAGGAGUUUGCAUCCUCUCACCAGCUGGGAAGAUCUGAGAUUAGUUACUGUGUAGAGCACAUCUGGCCAUGUCUUCUCUCUCGGACCGGCGAGUCCACAGUGAGACUCCGCACACUGGCCAUCGCUUUUAUUCAGGAGAUGGCUGUAUAUAAGGAGGUUCGUGCUCUCCAGCUUGUCCCCACUGAGCUGGUGAAGCCCAUAAAGAGCAGUACGCCUGCACGUCUCGCUCUCAGCAGACUCGAACUGCUGGAAAAGCUUCUGGAACAACUUGGCACCAACGACUCCGGCUUUACUCUUGACAACGUCAUGUUGUUUCUAGCAGGAGUACUGGAGCACUGUGCAGCGCCCGUGCGUGAGCUCGCGGUACGGAUCGUCCAGAUGAUGUACCAUCUCCACGGCCGUUCCAUACUCCGCUACCUUCCACCGGAUGAUCCUAGCACUCGUAAAAACAUCCUCUACAAACACCUCUUUGACUCUUUCGCAAAGAUAGACGGCAGAAUUCCGCAAACGCAGGUGAAGAAAGGAAGGCUGCAGAAAGAGGGAGAGAAAGAGGAGCAAGAAAUCAAGAGCCUCCAGGAUCAACUGGCUGUUCUGAAGGAGCUUAGUGAAAAGGGGAAGGAAAAGAACAAAUCCCCAGAGAGAAAAAUGGAGAAGGCACAUAAAGCAGGUGUUAAAAAGGGAACGCAUUCCACCUGUACUGAUGGAAAAGUGGGCCAGUCCAUACCAAACUACCUAGACAAUCUUUGUAUAUUUUGUGGGGAGAGAGAUAAGUCUUUUACAGAAGAGGGUUUGGACCUGCACUACUGGAAACACUGUCCAAUGCUGUGCCGAUGCCUCCAGUGCAGACAGGUAGUAGAGAUUGCAAGCCUAACAGAGCACCUGCUCUUCGAGUGUGAACACAAAGCAGAUUUUACCCAGUGCCCUCACUGCUCUGAGGCCAUCUUGAGAAAUAAGCUGAUUGAACAUGCUCAGACUACAGCCUGCAAUCCUCUUCCAGAUACUGUGGCCAGUGGAAACUAUAACCACUGUCCUUUGUGCCAUGAGAACUUCUCACCAGGAGAGGAGGGCUGGAAGUUUCACCUCAUGGACAGCAGUGCCGGUUGUAAGCAGAACGCACGCAGGACAGUGGCACUACAGCGAGCAAAGACACACACACAAGGGAAGACAUUCGGUGCAGCAGCAUUAAAGGUCACCGCAGUGGAUUCUGUUGGGAAAGGCAAAGGAGGUGGAAAGAGCAGCACUCGCAUCCCUGCACCAGCACCACGCCCCAGUAGGACCAGUAAAGUAAAGCUCUAAACCAGAGUAACUUCCAAUGAACUUUUAAUCUUUACUAAACACAAUUGGACGCGAGUACAGGAGCACAGCACAUAGUUUUCUCCUAAUCGUAUCCAUAAGCACUACAGUGGAAUGCAACAUAGGAAUAGUUUUGUCUAAAAAGAGAAAAAAUAAGUUUUUAUCAGCUAGAUUUCGUUAUCCGAUUUAAUGUUUUUUUGUUUUGUGGUUGGUUUGUUUGCUUGUUUUCUCAAUUUUAGUGUAAUUGUGUAUGGAUAUGUGUAAGGAUGUGUACACAAUGAUUUUUAAAUGAAGCACUUGUAUAAUUUUGAGUGGUUUUUACACUGUGUCUAGGUUGAAAGGGGGGGGGGGUUAGCGCAACAAAAACACCUUGAUGCUGGCAAAACACUGCUGUAAUGUCAUCAGCGCAUGCUGCAUCACAGCCUCAGUGUUUGCAUGACACGGUGUAAAUGUGUCGGGUUUGAAUUCAAUUCAUAUCCCUUAACAGGAACAAAUCAUUUAUCUGGGACUUAAUGUUGAAUUAGAACAAUAUAAAAGCCUGAGACUGAGACGAUUUUUUUUAUUAUUAUUUAUUUAUUUAUUUAUUUAUUCCAGGACUUAAAAAAUGUCUUCAGAUUUAAGACUUUUCACAUCAUGUAUAUUACAGGUUUAACAGGUAGUGUGCAUGAUGUGGAAAUAGACAAUUAUUUUUGUCUUUAUCUUCUUUAUCAUAGAUUUUAAAGCAAUUGAGAUUAAAUCCCAUCUCUGUAACUUAAAAUCAACAGUACUGAUAGUUUCCCCCCCCCCCAAAUA